AUGGCGGCGCCUGAGGAGCGGGAGCUGACGGCGGAGCAGACCGAGAAGCUGCUGCAGUUCCAGGACUUGACCGGCAUAGAGUCCAUGGACCAAUGUCGUCACACACUGGAGCAGCACAACUGGAACAUAGAGGCAGCUGUACAGGACCGACUGAAUGAGCAAGAAGGUGUCCCAAGUGUCUUUAAUCCUCCUCCAUCGCGGCCGUUGCAGGUCAAUACAGCUGACCACAGGAUCUACAGCUACGUUGUCUCAAGGCCACAGCCAAGGGGCCUGUUAGGAUGGGGUUACUACUUCAUAAUGCUUCCAUUCCGAUUUACCUAUUAUACAUUACUUGAUAUAUUUAGGUUUGCUCUGCGUUUUAUACGCCCUGAUCCUCGUAGUCGGGUCACUGACCCAGUGGGUGACAUUAUUUCAUUUAUUCAUAUGUUUGAGGAAAAAUAUGGGAGGAUACACCCUGUCUUCUACCAGGGAACUUACAGCCAGGCACUGAAUGAUGCCAAGCGGGAGCUGCGCUUCCUGUUGGUUUAUCUUCAUGGAGAUGACCACCAAGACACAGAUGAAUUCUGCCGCAAUACACUGUGCGUACCCGAGGUGAUCACCCUCAUAAACACUAGAAUGCUCUUCUGGGCUUGCUCAACCAAUAAACCAGAGGGAUACAGAGUCUCCCAGGCCCUGCGAGAGAACACGUACCCAUUCCUGGCUGUGAUCAUGCUGAAGGAUCGCAGAAUGACAGUAGUUGGGCGGCUAGAAGGCCUCAUCCAGGCUGAUGACCUCAUUAAUCAACUGAUGUUCAUCAUGGAUGCCAACCAGACGUACCUGGUGUCCGAACGCUUGGAAAGGGAAGAGAGGAACCAAACCCAAGUUCUGAGGCAGCAGCAGGACGAGGCAUAUCUGGCAUCCUUACGUGCGGACCAGGAAAAGGAACGUAAGAAGAAGGAGGAACGGGAGAGGAAGAAGAAGAAGGAGGAGGAAGUGCAGCAGCAAAAACUAGCAGAGGAGAGACGGCGACAGACACUGCAGGAGGAGAAGGAGCGGAAGUCUGAAUGCCUUCCUCCUGAACCACAUCCUGAUGACCCGGAGAGCGUUAAGAUCAUUUUCAAGCUGCCUAACGAUUCCAGAGUGGAGCGGCGAUUCCACUUCACACAGUCGCUGACGGUGAUCCACGACUUCUUGUUCUCCUUGAAAGAAAGCCCUGAAAAGUUCCAGAUUGAGGCCAACUUCCCUCGCCGUGUCCUGCCCUGCCUCCCUACAGAGGAGUGGCCCAACCCGCCCACGCUGCAGGAGGCCGGACUCAGCCACACGGAAGUCCUCUUUGUGCAGGACCUCACGGACGAUUGACACUUUUCCAGAAGACACAAAAUGGAAAGAGAAAUUCAUAUUAUUAUUAUAAUACAAUAUUUUUUUUAAAAGACUGCGUACAAACGAGGGAUCAGAGACCACAUUGCCUGUGCCAGCUGUGCUGUGUGUGUGCACUGGCGAGAGGAGGUGUGUGCACGUCCUCGCACACCUGUGUACACAGCCAUCCCCUACACUUGGAGGGCAGAGAGGGAGGGGAGCUGGUGUUGCCCCUCCGCCUUCCCUGGGGAGGAACAGGAAUGGCAGCUCUCGGUAAUUAUUGCUUUUAUUGAUGACAAUAAUAAUAAAACCCCAACAACUUGACAUCUCGUGAAGAUUUGAUACUCUGCUGCUCCUGACAGCCAGAAGACCGGGCACCUGAAUGUGCUGGGAGAGGGUGGGGGGGAAAGGGCUGGACAGAAUCUCUUCAGCUUCCCUCUUGUGUAUAAAUAUCUUUCUUCUAAUAUUUCUCUUGCUUUGUAAUGACCAAAGGAGAAUGGGGUUGACUAUAGUAUUAACUUUUUGAUAAAGAGCUGGUUCGAUUCUUACCUGUGUGGGGUCUUGCCCAGGGUUCUUAGCCUGCGUAGUGUAAUAAACUCUGCCUCUAGCA